AUGUCGGCCGAUCUCUCAACGAUCGCCAACCUGCUGCAGGCCAGUCUUGAUCCUCGCCAGAACAAGCAAGCCGAGCAGGCCAUUCGCCAGGAAGAGGCCAAGCCUCAGUUCUCUCUCGCUCUCCUUCAGAUUGUCGCCUCAGACUCAUAUCCCAACACAACACGAUUGGCCGCUGCCCUCUUCUUCAAGAACUUCAUCCGCCGCAGCUGGACCGACGAGGAUGGCAACUACAAGCUCCCUCAAGACGAGGUCACCGCAAUCAAGCGUGAGGUUAUUGGCCUCAUGAUCUCCGUCCCUGCCACCAUCCAGACUCAGCUAGGAGAGGCCAUCAGCGUCAUCGCCGACUCGGACUUCUGGGAGCGCUGGGACACUCUGGUCGACGACCUCGUAUCGCGCUUCACUCCCGACAACCCAAAGGUCAACAACGGCGUCUUGCAGGUCGCCCACUCCAUCUUCCGCCGCUGGCGCCCUCUUUUCCGCACAGACGAGCUCUUUACUGAGAUCAACCACGUCUUGUCAAAAUUCUGCGAACCCUACCUCGCCCUUUUGCAGAGCACAGAUCAGCAAAUCGCCGCAAACCAGAACAACAAGGACCUCCUCGCCCAGCACUUCACCACUCUCAACCUCAGCAUCAAGCUGUUCAACGACCUUUCGUGUCAGGAUCUGCCUCCAGUCUUUGAAGACAACCUCGCUUCCAUCAGCGCUCUGCUUCUGAAGUACCUGAGCUACGACAACCCUAUCCUGCACACCGACGACGAGUCAGAGGCCGGUCUCCUCGAGUACAACAAGGCUGCUAUCUUCGAAGCUUUGAUCCUCUACGUUCAGAAAUACGAAGAUGCCUUUGGACCAUACCUUGGCCAGUUUGUCGAGAGCUCUUGGACCCUGCUCACUGCCAUUGGUCCCGAGACAAAGUACGACAUUCUGGUCAGCAAGGCUCUGCAGUUCUUGACUUCGGUCACCAAGAUCAACCAAUACGCUCAGAGCUUCAACAAUCAGGAAAUCCUUGGCCAGGUCGUCGAGAAGGUUAUUCUUCCCAACCUGUCUCUGCGCGAGUCGGAUGUCGAGAUGUUCGAAGACGAGCCCAUUGAAUUUAUCCGCCGCGACUUGGAAGGAUCCGACAGCGAUACCCGCAGAAGAGCAGCCACCGACUUCCUCCGUCAACUGGUUGAGCAGUUCGAAAAGCUCGUCACAGAUGUCGUUUCGCAGUACAUUGCACACUACCUGGCCGACUACGAAAAGAGCAAGAGCGACAACUGGAAGUCCAAGGACACUGCCGUCUACCUCUUCACCUCAAUCGCUGCUAAGGGCGUGCCUACCGCUGCUCGUGGUGUGCAGACAACAAAUCCCAACGUUGAUGUUAUCGACUUCUUCCAAAGGAACAUUGCUGUCGAUCUCACUUCAGCUGACACCGAGGCCAUCCUCAAGGUUGACGCCAUCAAGUAUCUCUACUUGUUCCGCAGCCAACUCACUCAGGAUCAAUGGCAAGCUGCCUUCCCUCUCUUGGUUCAGUGCCUUGGCAACGAGAACUAUGUCGUCCACUCCUAUGCCGCCAUCGCCGUUGAGCGUGUCCUCUACAUGACCGACGACAAGCGCCAGCCCAUCAUUCCCAGAGAAACUCUUCAGUCCCUCAGCAAGGAUCUCUUGCAACAUCUCUUCCUACUUAUGACCAAGGACUCCAAGGCCGAGAAGAUUCAGGAGAAUGAGUUCUUGAUCAAGUGUGUGAUGCGCGUUCUGAUUGUUAUUCGCGAGGGUGUUUUGCCUAUCCUCGACAUGGUUCUCACCAACCUCAUCAACAUCGUCAAGGUCAUCCGUCACAACCCUAGCAACCCUCGCUUCUACUACUACCACUUCGAGAGUAUCGGUGCUGUUGUUCGCUUCGCUGCACCCACACAGGCCGCUAAGCUCGAGGAAGCACUUUACAACCCCUUCGCUGAAAUCCUGGCCAACGACGUCCAAGAAUUCCAGCCUUACGUCUUCCAAGUCUUUGCUGCGCUCCUCGAAGCAAACCCUUCAGGUUCUCUGCCUGAUUACUACCAGAGCUUGCUUGGUCCCAUUCUCACAUUGGAUAUGUACAACUCUCGCGGCAACGUGCCCGCUCUUGUCCGCCUCCUCUCAUCCAUGAUUCCUCGUGCUGUUGAGCAGAUCGUUGCAAACAACCAGCUCGAGCCUAUUCUGGUCAUCUUCCAGAAGCUCAUCUCCUCCAAGGCAAACGAGUCUCUCGGAUUUGAUCUGCUCGAGGCAAUCUGUGGCAGUAUCCCAGUCGCUGCACUGAACAACUACCUUACCACGAUUGUACAGCUGCUCAUGACCCGUCUUUCUAACUCAAAGACGGAAAACUUCACCAUCCGCUUCGUUCGCUUCUACCACUUCUUCUCAGCACGGGACGACAAGGGUCUUGGUCCUGAUCUUUUCAUCAACGUCACCGACCAAGUUCAGCAGAAUGUCUUCACUCCCAUGUAUCUUCAGAUCAUCCUUCCUGACACACAAAAGCUGUCACGACCGUUCGAUCGCAAGACUGCCGUCGUUUCGCUCACCCACACUCUCGCUAACAGCCAGGCCUUCGUGGAUCGUUAUGGCAAGAAGGGUUGGGGCUUUACUUGCGAGGCACUUCUCAAGCUCCUCAUCAACCCUCCUCUUCCCCAGACUGCUGAUGACCUGAUCAUCGAAGAUCGUGAUGUCGAAGACGUCGGCUUCGGAGUUGGAUUCACUGCACUCAACACCUGCAAGCCUGUGCCUAGAGAUCCCUUCCCUGAAGUCCAGGAUGUCAAGAAGUGGGUGGGAUUGUAUCUGCGCGAAGCCGACACCAAGACUGGUGGUCGUAUCGCAGCCGCUGUGAGCGAGAAGCUUGGUCCCGAUGCUCAAGCAGCCCUGAGCAGUGUCAUGCAAGGAUAG